ACGUGCGCUCUAAACAAGGAAAUGAAACAUGUCACAGCUAGAACACAGUUUCGUUUUCAAUUUUUGAUGAAGAGCUUGCUGCUGUCUGCAACUUGAAUUUGGCCCAACGUAUUAAAAGACACUGAGACAAUGAGCGACUUUCAGAUCAAUCCCCUGGUUCUGAUUGGAGUUGGAUCCAGCUUUGCCUUCUCUGGUUUGUUUUAUCACUUAUACAAAGAAAAGAAGGAGGAGAUUCGAAAACUAAAGGAGAUUCCAACUUUUAGACCAGACCAACACUUGGUAAGACUACUGAAGGCAUCCCCUCACAAACGACUGCAGUAUGUGGCAAUAGAAGGGCUGGUCCAGGCAGAAGGUGAACCGCUGGCCAGUCAGUUCGUCCCACGGUGCUAUGGUGUGCUCCAGAGGAUUUCUAUUCAGGAACACUGGAAAGUAUGGAACUCCCUCACCAGAACAUGGAACUCCAGACAGAGGAACAAAAAGGAGACCAACAACUCAGUUCCCUUCUGCCUGGUGUGCCCCGGAGCGUACAUCAACGACCUGUACGUGAAGGUUCAGGCACCACUACAGGCCUCUGGUUGCUACCUGGAGCGGGUCUACCACCGAGUCCGGCACGCGGAGGAGGGCCUGGUGGACAUGAUGGUCCAGGGCCUCAGUGGUGAGAAGCCUGUGUCCCAAGAGGAAACAGAGGAGCUGCUCCGUGUCGGGAGCACACUGACUGGGUUUGGGGAGGUGGUGCUGGAGGGGGGGCAAGUCAUGAGGCUGCAGGCUCCGCAAGGUGGCCGUCAAUACAUUUUGGUGCCAACUGACUAUAAGAGCUUCAUGGAUGGACAUGAGAGCUCAGCCACCAUGUGGAAGGGACUGACCGCAGCUUGUGGGAUCACAGGGGCCUCUCUGUUGUUUGGCAUGCUCCACAGCUUGUUUGGAGGAAGGGACAGAAAGAGAGAGUAGGUGUACUUGUGACGUGGUGGUUAUCCACCUACUGUAACAACUGGGAUGAUUACAGUUUACAACAUGCCAACCUAUUUUGAGUUUCUAUGCUAUUGCCUCAAAUUGUGUUCAUGUAUGAAUUACUAUGUUGUCUGCUCCCUCAAAUGGACAGAAUACCAUAUGGUUAUCAAGGACCACAGCCAUACAGGGACAAGACUUUGGUGGCAGUGCCAACUCUAAUUUUUGUCAUACCCUAAAGCACCUAUAUAGUAAUUGUGCCUUUUUUCAUUAAGGAAAUUUACGUUUAGGCAUUUAGCAGACACUCUUAUCCAGAGUGACUUACAGUGAGUACAGGGACAUUCCCCCCGAGGCAAGUAGGGUGAAGUGUCUUGCCCAAGGACACUGUCAUUUGGCACGGCGGAGAAUCGAUCCGUCAACCUUCUGAUUAUUAGCCCGAUUUUUACUGUGUUUUUAACAUCACAUUUAUAGAGGAUAACUGUCAACACUGUUUAUAGUAUGAAAAUACAAAAUGUGUUCAAAAGGCUACUUAGCCUCU